AUGGAUCAAACGACAGUCAUUCCAUAUAUCCAGCUUAAUCACCUCAAUGACCGCUUCUCUAGCCAUGGAAUGUAUCGAAUGCUUCAUGGAAGCUUUGUUCCCGAGGUUCCUGAAGGGCUGCCCAUUACUCUUGUCAAUAAUUUAUUUAACUCUUGGGCCAAGUUUAUUAAGGACAACCCUGCGGCUUCGUUCUCCGUCGUUGCCCUCGAGCUUCAUCAUCACGGGAAAAUUAGCUCGGUUCCGGCUGACGCAACAGCAUAUAUUCAUCGCCACCCAUUUAAUGAGCAUGCAACCCAAGCCACGCUCGAACUUAACCAGGCUAUUAACAAGUCCCGUGAAGAACACUUUCCCUCUGAAUCACUUAUUCGGGGAGGUUACAUUAACUAUAUGGAUGAAGAUUGUCGCACCUAUAAUAAAGAAUUCACGCAUGGUCGAUUUGGGGCAAACUAUCCUCGCUUAAUGGAGCUAAAGAGCAAGUAUGAUCCUGCGCGUGUUUUCGGCAGGUGGUUGAUUGCACCACAAGUCACAUCAGGGGAGAAUAACUGGUGA